CUUUAAAGUUUCCUGUAAGCAUCCAAGACCGCCUUUAAUGACGACCCGAAGAUCUUCAACCAGAACACAGCACAUGGAUAUCGAUCCAAAAACUAGUCUUAAGGAUGAAGUCAAUGGAGAUCGCGUUGUAGAAGCCCAGCCAAAAGUUCACUCAGAAACUAAAAAGGCAUCUACUGCAAAAAAGAUUGUUGCAAAAGGCCUUCCUGAUAGUGAAGACACCCUUUAUUUGCACCGAGUGAAGCGGUAUAGAUAUUUAUUGGGUCAGACCGAACUUUUUGCCCAUUUCUUGAACUUGAAAAACGAGCAAGACGAAGCUUUACAGGCAGUAUUGAGAGAGCAGGCACUUGAGAAACAAUCAGAAGAAGGAUCUAGACGACGACGAAAGACAGAAAAAGAGGAAGACGAAGAGAUCUUAAAGGAUGAAUCUGGAGAGACGGAAGAGCAGUUGACUGUGUUUACUGAAUCUCCUGCCUAUGUAACUGGUGGAACCCUUCGAGAUUACCAAGUUCAGGGAUUGAAUUGGAUGAUCCAGUUGUAUGAGAACAAUAUCAACGGUAUUUUGGCAGACGAGAUGGGUCUAGGAAAAACACUUCAGACAAUCUCAUUCCUUGGUUUCCUCAAACAUGUCCGUGGUAUCAAUGGACCUCAUCUCGUUGUCGUACCAAAGUCAACCUUGCACAAUUGGUUGAGUGAGUUUAACAAAUGGGUUCCUGAUUUUAAAGCAUUUGUGUUUCAUGGUGACAAGGAAAAGAGGGCUGGAUUGAUCAAGACACGUCUUCAGCCUCUUGACUUUGAAGUCUGUAUUACUUCAUACGAAACUUGUUUGAUGGAAAAGGCACAAUUCAAAAAAAUCAUGUGGGAAUACAUCAUUAUUGAUGAAGCUCACAGAAUCAAGAACGAAAACUCUAUGCUGUCUCAGAUCAUGCGUAUCUUGGACUCUAGAAACAGAAUGUUGAUUACCGGUACACCUCUCCAGAACAACCUUCACGAACUUUGGGCUUUGUUGAACUUUUUGUUGCCUGAUGUGUUUAGUUCUUCUGAAGCAUUUGACGAAUGGUUUGAGAAACAGGGUGCAGAUCAAAAGAAGGUUGUCGAACAACUUCACAAGGUUUUGAGACCAUUCUUGUUACGUCGUAUCAAGUCUGAUGUCGAAAAAUCACUGCUUCCUAAGAAGGAAAUCAAUGUAUAUGUGCGUAUGAGUUCAAUGCAAAGAAAGUGGUACCAGAAGAUCUUGGAAAAGGAUAUUGACGCUGUUAAUGCAGGUAUUUCAAAGAAGGAAGGCAAGACACGUCUUCUUAAUGUUGUUAUGCAAUUGAGAAAAUGCUGUAACCACCCAUACUUGUUUGACGGUGCUGAACCUGGACCACCUUAUACUACCGACCAACACAUUGUCGAUAAUGCUGGAAAGAUGUUGGUCCUUGAUAAACUUUUGACACGCCUCAAGGCACAAGGAUCUCGUGUGCUGUUGUUCAGUCAAAUGAGUCGUGUUCUUGAUAUUCUUGAAGAUUAUUGCUGGUGGAAAGAUUAUGAAUAUUGUCGUAUCGAUGGACAGACAACCCAAGAAGACCGAAUUGAUGCCAUUGAUGAUUACAACCGUCCCGACAGCGACAAAUUUAUCUUUUUGCUUACUACUCGUGCUGGUGGAUUGGGUAUCAACUUGACAACUGCAGAUAUUGUUAUUCUCUUUGACAGCGAUUGGAACCCUCAAGUCGAUUUACAGGCUAUGGAUCGUGCUCAUCGUAUCGGACAAACCAAGCAGGUCUAUGUGUUUAGAUUCGUAACAGAGAACGCUAUUGAAGAAAAGGUGCUUGAAAGAGCUGCCCAAAAACUUCGUCUUGAUCAAUUGGUUAUCCAACAAGGUCGCAUGCAACAACAAAAAGGUGCUUCUAAAGACGAGCUCUUGACAAUGAUUCAGCACGGUGCAGAGAGCAUAUUUAAAGACAAUGAUAACAACAAUGAUUUCGACGAUGAUAUUGACGAGAUCCUUCACCGUGGUGAAGAAAAGACAGCCGAAUUGAACAAGAAAUAUUCAAACCUGAAUAUCGAUGACCUAAAAAACUUUUCAUCAGAAAGUGCUUACCAGUGGGAUGGAGAAGAUUGGAGUAAUAAGGCUGGUGGAGUUGGACUUUCAUGGCUUGGUCCAGCCAAAAGAGAACGUAAAGCAAACUACGCCGUCGAUGAUUAUUACAAGGAAGCUUUACGUACAACAUCCAAAACUCAUUCCACUAAAGCACCUCGCCCCAAGCGAUACAUCACUGAAGAUUUCCAAUUUUUCCCUCCACGUCUCAGCCAUCUUAAUGAAAAAGACACUCUUUAUCUUCGGAAAUCUUUGGGUUAUCGUAUUCCCCCAGUUGCUGAAGAAGGAAGCCCUGACAUAGAAGCAUUAGAAAAAGAGCGAGCAGAAGAGCAAAGCAAGAUCGAUAAAGCCGAACAAUUGACAGAAGAAGAAGAAGAGGAACGUAAAGAACUUUAUGCACAGGGUUUCUCUAACUGGUCAAAGAAAGACUUUGGUAACUUUAUCAAUGCAUGUGCAAGAUACGGCAGAAACAACCUAGAAGAUAUAGCAGAAGAAAUUGAAGGAAAGACACUGGAAGAAGUUACUGCUUAUUCGAAUAUGUUUUGGAAACGUUACCAAGAAAUUGCAGAUUAUGAAAAGCAAAUUUCAAAAAUUGAAAAGGGAGAAAGUGAACUCGAGAAACAGGCUGAUAUCCAGGGCCAGCUUACCGAAAAGGUCAACCAGCAUCGGGUACCGCUCCAACAACUCAAGAUCCAUUAUACACAACCAACAAAGGGUAAGAACUACACCGAAGAAGAAGACAGAUUCUUGCUGGUGAUGUUGGAGAAGUAUGGUUACGGUACCGAAAACGUGUAUGACAAUAUUCGUCGGGAGAUCAAGAGUUCGGCAUUAUUCCGCUUUGACUGGUUCUUGAAGUCAAGAACUUCCCAAGAAAUUGCCAGAAGAUGCAAUACCUUGAUUGGUUUGAUACAAAAGGAAAAUAUCGAAUCUGAAGAAAAAGACCAAGAAGAAAAAAAGGGUAUCAAGACCAACGUACCUCCCCUCAAGUCUAGACGCCGUGUCAACUAA